AUGACCAACCUCGCAUCUCGCACUAUCGUCCUUAUCACCGGUGCCAACCAAGGCAUCGGUUAUGCAGUCGCUCAGGGGUUACUCGCUUAUAAAGGCUUCUAUAUUCUCCUUGGAUCGCGGAAUGCCUCGCGUGGAUCUGAAGCUGCCGCAAAACUUGAUCCCACCGGUCAAUCAGUGGAAGCAAUCACCAUAGAUGUGGCCGAUGAUACCUCUAUUCAGCAAGCCGCUGACCUUGUCGAGUCGAGACACGGGAGAUUAGAUGUUCUGAUCAACAACGCUGGAAUCAACCCCGAAAUUGACAUCUUGAUUCAGCAACAAAAGAAGCCACAGGGAGACGGGCCAUCAUCUCAAUCUUUAGAUCUGGCCCAGCAACGCGAGAUCUUCCGUAGCGUAUAUGAAGUCAAUCUGUUUGGCGCUGCUCAGGUGACCGAGGCAUUCACACCUUUACUUGAGAAGUCGUCUGUUUCUCCAGUUCGGAUUAUUUUUGUAUCUUCACAUACAGGCUCCAUGGGUCUCCGACUUGAAUCCUCCGGUGCGGACUAUGCAAAGUUCUCUCGUCCCUCAUUUCCCGUUUAUCGCAGCAGCAAGGCAGCAUUGAAUAUGCUGACCCUGCACUAUGCGGCCAAAUUUCAAGAGAAGGGGUGGAAGGUGAAUGCAUCUUGUCCAAAUCUGACUGAUACCAAUUUUACCCGGGGUUUCGGGAAUGGACGGCCUGCAUCGGAGUCUGCGGUCAACAUUAUUCGACUGGCAACUCUCACGGCGGAUGGUGAAUCGGGUGUGUACUCCGAUGAGAUUGGCGCUGUGCCAUGGUAG